AAGCAAUGAUUAUGUUUUUAAUUUAGUUUCUUUAACCAGUUAAUGUUAGACAUAUACACCUUCAUUUGGUUGCUGUUAUUGUCGUUAUUAUGAUUGAAUGACAGCCCGUCCUUGUGAGAAAAAUGGGUGAUGCAAACAAGAAUGGUUUUCCUGGAAGUUGUCCCGAGUUUGGUGCAAUCUUCAUGUCGAACUACUCUACAAGAGAGGAAUGUUUUAGAAGGAAAGUUUUUGCCCUCCCAUCUUCGCAGUCACACUUUGUGAAACAGGUUAAAGCUGGGAUGAUUCUAUUCCUGUUUGAAUUUGAAAGGAGAGAAUUGUAUGGUGUUUUUCAAGCAUGCUCUGAUGGUGCAAUGAAUAUUCUGCCUGGUGGAUUCAGUUUGUCAGGGAAACGAUUCCCUGCACAGAUUUUCAUCCAGGUCAAAUUCACCCUUAUAUGGUACUGCCAUCCACUUUCUGAAAAUGAAUUUCGUGGUGCUAUCAGAGAAAACUAUUUUUCCCAAACUAAGUUUAACUUUGGACUCUCUGAAGAUCAGGUUCGAAGGCUUCUAUCAUUGUUCAGUUUGAAGAGGAUGGAAAAUAAGGCACCUCCACGGCGGUUGACCGAAAGUAAAGUUGCAAGGAAAAGUGGAUACUCUACAAGUAAAAAUAGAAGGCUAGUUGAUAAGUCUCCAAUGAGAAAUCAUGGAAAACUAGCUGCUAGGUCUCCAAUGAGAAAUCAUGGAAAACUAGCUGCUAGGUCUCCAAUGAGAAAUCAAGUACCACGUGAAUAUGGUGUGGACAACCAUCACGAACCAAAUAUUUCCACUAUUCACAGAGGGAACUCUUUCUAUAACGAUGACAGAUCAACUGGUGAUGGCAGACUCGGAACAUGCACUGAUUUUGGGUAUGAGCAUAAAGCUAGUGCCUUCUUAAAUGAGUGUUUUCAGGAUCUUAUGGGUAAUGUUGGAGGGGACAUAGUUUCUGGUGAACAUGCUACAAGUGACAGGGUGGACACUGAAUGGAAAACUGAAAUGGACCUUCAACAAGCAGUUUCAGUAGGGUAUUCUUCAGGUAAUUUCAGAAGCAUUUCCCAUGAUGUUAGGUUUGCAGAGAGUGAUAGAUUUGAAACAAAAUGUUACAAGGAUGAUGGUUUUGCACCAACCAUUUCAACAGCAUAUCCUAGUUCUUUUCAAUCUAAAGUUAAUCCACUGGUGUAUUCUAGCAAACAUGUUCUAGAAACAGAUUCAUUCAUGAAUGAUCCAACUAGGCAAUCUCCAAUGUUCCUUCCCUCAAUGGAGAUGCAAAACUCCAAUGUUAGUCAUCCGAUAAAUCUUGAAGAUCAAAGUGUUGCAUUUCCUUAUAAUCCCAAUGUCCCUACUCCGAAUUAUAGGGGCUCCUCAUCUUUGGGGUUUAAUCAGGGCUGUGCUAGUUGUGAUAGUUUUGUUGGUCAUGUCAUUGGCACUUCGAAAAAUCAAUCAUUUCCUUCAUUGUUAGAGACCAGAAGGACACCCGUAACCUCUGAUGUCAACUCUGGUUCUAGGGACUUUACAUUGCCUUAUUCUAAUUCAUAUGAACACUCCAGCAGGACUUUCCUGCAAAGGGCUGACUAUUUACAUGACCUAGAAGCUGAAUACUCUAAAAUAGAAUGCUGUGGAGAUCUUUCCCUUCCAAAGCCCUCUUUAUCACCUGUUCCUCCUUCUGAAAUUAGAAAUAAUGGCAGGAUCGGUGUGCAUUCAUCACCUUUUAGAACCAAACCUAGCAAGUUUCCUUCUAUUACCUUUUCUGAUAGGUAUCCUAUGUUAUUACAAGAAAGACAUGAUUUUGAACAGCAAGAGAGUGACAGGUAUCUUACAUUAUUACAAGACAGACAUGAUUUACAACAGCAAGAGAGUGACAGGUAUCCUACAUUAUUACAAGAGAGACAUGAUUUUCAACUGCAAGAGAGUAAAAAUGAUGCACACUUCGGUACUGAUGGUUUUAUGUUUAAGGAGUGCCAGCCCCAUGGUGAAUCUUUUGUUAAUGAUAACAGCACAAUCGAGGAUGGCAGAUUGGCUAUAUACAGUAAGGCGGAAUAUGAGAACAAAGAGGGCCAGCAGCAGCUGCAUGUUCAUGAACCGAUAAAUGUUGACUACCAUGAAGUUACUUCAUUGGGUCCUGCUCCAUAUCCGAAUUCUGAUCGCCGGAAGAAAAGGAGUAGUGUGUUUUCUCGCUUGGGUUUGCCUCCUAAGAUACGUAAAAAAGAAAGUGACACCUGUCCUAUCACUGCUGACAUUGAUAGGCAUACUUCAAUUGAUGAAGUAAUGGGCAUGCUGCACCAAAGGCGUAAGCAUUGGGAGAAGACAAGUGUUAAACCGUUAGUCAAGCACAAUGCUGCUGCUGCCAACCUUGGGGAUAAAAAACAGGCCACCAGGAAAGACGAUCCUGCUAUGAUCUCGAAGGAGAUGAAUCUGAAGUCUACCUCAUUCAGCAAGGAGAAUAGCUGCGAAAAAACUGGAGAGACUACUUUUGUCGAUUUCAAACGUCGCAGUGCAGUGAGAAAGAACCUUGAAGAUGGUAAGACUGGAAACCAUUGUGACACUCAGAAUGAAAAGAUUGCUACAGCUGCACAAUGUAAAAGGAGAAAAUUGAUUAGGCCAGACUUUUGUGAGAGUGAGUCAUCUGACAGGGGCAUAUCAGGUGAUGCUCCUCAACUUUCAAUAUUACCUUCAACAGAAUGUUCUGUCCAAAAAAAUGCUGAAAGUAUUAGGGUUUCUGUUGUCCAUGUUAAUGAAAAGGAUAUAUCACAAAAUGUUAAAUUGCAAAAUGCAAUGUGCCAGACUACUGUUAAAGGCAACAACAGUGACACGGGAAGUGGCUCAAAUUCAGAUCCAUUUAGUGUGGAAAAAAUUUUUGAUUCAAGAAGUGCUGGUGGUGGAAAAGAAUCAUCAAAACGUAACUGUGUCUCAAGUACGACUUCAAUGUCUUGUAGGAACAUGUAUGUUGAAGUUGAGCAAGAUAUGACCACUAAAGAUACAGGGAUGGAUGGAUUGUAUCAAGAUCGAAAUGAUGUGAGCCACCAUUCUACUCAUGACCCAUCUCCAAAAAUCUGUGAAGACAAUGACGGUGAUGGAGUUGCAAAGAGCGAGUUCAUUCACAGUAUUGAACAGAUGAAUGAUUUGACUCCUGGAUUGUCUCAAGAUCGGAACGAUGUGAGUCACCAUUCUACUCGUGAGUCAUCUCAAAAAAUCUGUGAAGACAAUGGCGGUGAUGGAGCUGCAAUGAGUGAGUUUGUUUACAGUAUUCAACAUACGAAUGACUUGACUCCUGGAUUGUCUCAAGAUCAAGAUGAUGUGAGCCACCAUUCUACUCAUGAGUCAUCUCAAAAAAUCUGUGAAGACAAUGAUUGUGUAGUUGCAAAGAGCGAGUUCGUUUAUGGUAUUGAACAGAUGAAUGACUCGACUCCUGGAUUGUCUCAAGAUCAAAAUGAUGUGAGCCACCACUCUACUCGUGAGUCAUCUAAAAAAAUCUGUGAAGACAAUGAUGGUGAUGGAGCUGCAAAGAGUGAGUUUGUUGUUUGCAGUAUUCAACAGAUGAAAGACUCGACUCCUGGAUUGUCUCAAGAUCAAUAUGAUGUGAACCACCAUUCUACUCACAAAUCAUCUAAAAAAAUCUGUGAAGACAAUGAUGGUGGAGUUGCAAAGAGUGAGUUCGUUUUUGGUAUUGAACAGAUGAACUUGACUCCUGGAUUGUCUCAAGAUCGAGAUGAUGUGAGCCACCAUUCUACUCACGAGUCAUCUCAAAAAUGCAAAGACAAUGAUAGUGGAGUUGCAAAGAGCGAACUUGUUUACAGUAUUGAACAGAUGAAUGACUUGACUCCUGGAUUGUCUCUAGAUCGAGAUUAUGUGAGCCAUUCUACUCAUGAGUCAUCUCAGAAUUUCUGUGAAGACAAUGAUGGUGAUGGAGCUGCAAAGAGUGAGUUCGUUUACAAUAUUGAUCAAAUGAAUGACUUGACUCCUGUUGGUGGUGAGAUAUCCAUCAGCACUCUGAAUUAAGGCGAUCUGAACGCCAAAUGACAAAGGUGGUCUGGGAGGUCUUGCAUUAGUGUACACAUUUUUGCAGAAAUGGGACUCUCCUGAAAUCAAGCAAAGGCCAUAUUUUGGAUUUUUGGUAAGAGAAUGUGUCAACUUUUGGAAGCCACCAACAGCUUCAUAUGCACGAGUAGUGACGUUAAAAUGCAUGUUGAGAUGUUUAAUGUGGAAGUACUUUCUACAAUCAGUGAAGGUUUAAGCUGUGGAAUUGGUUGCAAUCAUCGCUUUCCGGAGAAAGCUGUAACAUGAUCAUCAGGUAAUGAAAGAUCGUCUCGUGCAAAUAGAACUUGUAAGUCGCAUCAUGAACGUGAUUCCACCUAUGGGAACCAUGAUAACAAACAAAAUAUACAGCUCAUAUGACAUGGCUUAGGAAAGUUCUCCUUUUGUUUAAACACAAAGAUGCUAUUUUUUUUGGUUUAAACA